AUGAAGCUCAUUUGGUCGCCAGAAACUGCCUCAAAAGCUUACAUAGACACUGUGAAAUCAUGUGAGAAACCUAGAGAAUCCGGGGUUCCCGAGUUUCUCUCUGCCAUGGCGGCCGGCUGGGACGCGAAGCUGAUUGUGGAAUCCUGGUCCCACGGCACUCCAAUAGCCACAAGUCUCGGCCUUGCCAUGGCAGCACGCCACACGGGCGGACGACACGUUUGCAUAGUCCCGGAUGAAAGGUCGAGAUUGGAGUACAUAAAGGCAACGAGAAAUGCCGGGGUUAUGCCCGAAGUGGUAGUUGGGGAGGAGGCCACGGUGGCGGUGUUGGCGGGUGUGGAUUUUCUGGUGGUGGAUUGCAAGCGGAAGGACUUCACUAGGGUUUUGAGGAGGGCUAAGGUGAGCCCUAGAGGGGCGGUUUUUGCAUGCAAGAACGCAAGCCAAAGAAACUUAUCUGGAUUCAGAUGGCACGGUGUGGUUGAGAGGGGGACACGUGUCGUGAGGUCAGUGUUUUUGCCUGUUGGAAAAGGGUUGGAUAUUGCUUAUCUAGGGUAUGGUGGUGGAAGCGCUAGUGUAGGAUCAUCAAUCAAGAAGGGUCCCAGCCGUUGGAUCAAGCAUAUUGAUCAAAAAUCAGGGGAGGAGCACUUGUUUCGGGAGUGA